ACACUGCAAUUGGAAUGAAACUUUCAGCGAAACACAAGUUUCAAACCGAACUUCAUCCAGAUCCUGCUGGUAGUGAGCUCGCCAGCAAGCUUGUCAGCUAGCCAGCCAUAUCUCCACCCCUGCAGGAGGCGCCACAAUUCAGAGGCUGGUGUGUUCGUUUUUUUGACGUGCUUUUAAUGGACUGAUUUGGACACGGUAGCAUCAUAAUGCCUGGGGGACCCUCGUUGAUCAAGUGGUGUACAAUGAUCAAACAAUUUCUUGGUCGGAAGACGACAAGAAUCAGUGGGUCCUCAAAGACUGUGGAUAAAUUGAAAUGGAGUGGGGCCACUCUUGAAGAUGUUAGAGUCUACGGAAAACAACUCUUCUUGCAUCUGGCGCACAACAGAAAGACUUCAAGGGAUUCAGAUUCAGAUCUCAACAAAGAAGAAUCAAUGUGGCUCCAUUGUCAUUUUUUGAUGUUGGGGAGUGUCAGAGUCAAUGAGUUCAAUUGCAAACCAUCAAAGACCAACACGUUUCCAGAGCCGAGACUUGUAUUUUACUUUAGCAAAGAUGAGUUCUUGGUGUUUUAUGGAGGGAGCUUCAAGGAGAUGAACCACCCUCCAGAUGACAAUAGCAAAUCAGAUAUCCUCAGUAAGGAUUUUGAUCGAUGCAAGGCCGCAGAUCAUAUUCUUGAGGAUCACCCAAUCUCGCACAUCUUGUUAGAUCAGAGUAAAUUCUGUGGGCUUGGCAACAUCAUAAAAAACGAGGUCUUGUACAGCACAGGAACCCAUCCAAUGCAACUGGGAUGCCAGCUAACCAGAGCCAAAGCUGCAUUGAUUGUUGACACAGUGGUGACUUUCUCUGAAAGAUGGCUGGCUUGGAAGAUGGAAGAGAAGCCCUCUAGAAAGUUUGGAGACUGGACAGAGAUCUACAAGAAAGCUUUCUGUCCAAAGGAUCAUGCAACAACAAAGUCAAUGUUUGGUCCAACUGGUAUGGAAAGAAUCACAUACUGGUGUCCAACAUGUCAACCAAUGGAAAAUCCUGAUUGUUCAUCAUCAGAUGGGGCAAGCACAUCAUAUCUGGAUCCAAAUAAUUCCAAAGAAUGUUAUGUGGAAGGAAAAUCUCAAAAUAUCAACAGCCAGGGGCGCAUUGCUGAUGAAACUGUCACAGAAUCUUUAGUAGAUAUCAAACAGGAAGAUGAACUAGAAUUCAAGAUGGACUUUCCUAUGAUGGGUGAGAGCCCUUCCUUGGUGCAUGAAUCAGAAAGAAGCCUUAAAUCCGAGCAAGUUAUCCCAGACCUACCACAUUACCUUGACAAUAUGGAUGAUAGUUCCCCUUCUGUGCUGUCUUACGACAUGUUGGAAACAAAGCAGAAUAGUUCAAGAACAGUACUUGAUGGGAACAAGUAUCCACUAUCAUUCUGUAGGGAGGACCAAGCAAGACCAUGCUCACCCUCAGCUAAAAAGAUCAAGCUUGAAUCAGGAUCAAGUUGUACUUUUCAGCUGAAAAGGGAAGAAGAGCCUGUUGUCCCCUUGCUGUAUCAAUCUGGCUCACCAGGUACCAUGAACAGCCCCAAUGUGGCCGACCAGCAACAAGAUGAUUUCACCAGGAUUUCUGUGUCCGUAUCAACCAUCAGGGAGCUCAUGAGGAUACAUGCCAGGGUGCAUGUUAAGAAACUGACGUUGGAUGAAGACUGUACAUCCUUGUGAUUCAUGAAAGAAUUUAGGAGUGGUUGCUGCCUUGGAAAGAGGUUUGUGCAAUUAAGGUAUCUUCCCCCAAAGUCACUUGAUAACAAAAUCACCCGCAAGAUCACUGUCUUGAUUAGACUGAUAUGAUUUUUAUGAAGAGAAUCUGGGAGCAUAAAUUGUUUUGUUAUCUUUAUAGCAUUUACUCUGUCUCUCACUAAGUCAUAACAUGUUUUCCACAAGAAACUUUAUGCUCAUUGUGUUACCUUCAUUCAGAGAGAAUCCAGGGAAAGAAUCUUGUCUUUGUUUUUGCAUCUCAUCAAGAAAUUUGUAUUGUUCACUCAACUAUUUCUUAAUGAUAUUGUUAAUGUUUUAUCUUAAUUGAUAUGCGACUUCAGGUUUCUACCGCGAGUACUUUUUAUUUUACUUGAAAAGUUAUUUUCAAUCUUUAAUAUUUUUUCUAACAUUUUAAAGAAAAUAAUGGUCAUGAAGGUGUCUGAUUAGUUCCACUCUGUAUACAUUAGGCAUAUUUUAAAUGCUACUUGGGUAAUCUUUUCGAUAAUUUUAAAGAAAGUAAUUUUCAUGAUAUUGUCUUGAUUGUUUUGUAACAUUCACUCAAUAACAAGUCAUGACACGUUUCCCAAAGUACUCCCAAUGUUAGAUCCCAUAAUAUUACGAAAAUCUCGGGAUAAUGUCUGAUAUUCAUUUUUCAUCUCGUUAAGAACUUUUGUUUCUCAUCUUCUUGAAGAUUAAUGGAUGGGUAAAGUUGGUAAAAGUUAUAGUCUUAAAAGUAACAAGAAGUCACCGUAGUCAUUGUAAAAAGUUUAUUUUUUAAUUGAUUGACAAUUACUCCAUGCACAACUUUGUAUACUUUUGUCAUCUUUUAGACUUAACUUGAAAGGUUAUUGUCUAAUUUUUUAUAACAUUUUCAAACAUUGUAAAGAAAGUAAUGAUCAUGAACAGUGUCAUGAUUGAGUCAAUGUCAUUUUAGGUAAUUUUAUGUAGGUCUACUCUAGCAAAGUCGUGACACAUUUCCAAAA